CCUUUAUAAGAGCAGAGCGGUACAAACUAUCCUUGCAGUGACACGUUUAAACGCACAAUGCGGAGCUUCACCUUUGUAACAGAUUUACUUCUCUGCAGCCUCAGCUGGAUCUCUGUCUCAGCUUCUGAGUCUCACACUGUGGACGUCCAGUCUGGUGGAGACGUCACUCUGAUGUGCUCCAACAUUUCUAAAACUCCAACUCUGACAGAAUGGUUCAGACUGAUCAACAGAACCAAGCUCAGCUGCGUCUCCUCUAUGUACCCUGAUAGAAAUGCCUCGUUCUGUGAUGGAUUUCAAAACAGAUUUGAGAUGAGCUCCAACGUUUCUACCGUCUUUCUUAAAAUCAAGAGAGUGGAUUUAUCAGACUCUGGACUGUAUUUCUGUGGAUUUUACAGGAAGAAACAUACAGACAUUUCUAAUAAAAUACAUUUAAAAGUUCAAGAUGAGUCUGAUGGAAUGAAAAACGUCAUGAGUGUGAUCCUGGGUGCUCUGACUGUUUCCCUCACCAUAGUCAUCAUUGUUCUGGCUGUUAAAAUCAGGAAUCUCCAGACAGCUGUGAAUGAAGAACUGCAGCCAGAGAGAAACCAGGAUCUGGGCUCAGAUGAACUGAACUACGCAGCUCUUAAUUUCCAGGCAAAACCCAAAAGAAGCCGCAGGCCUGCACCAGUCAGAGAGCUGGACCCACAUGUUGUGUAUGUUGCCACAACUGGUUGCCACCAGAUAGACUCAGGGCACAUCUGGAACUGCAGCUCUGAGUGACUGAUGCUUCAUUAUGAUAAUCUGCUGAUAUGUUUUUGUGUGUGGG